AUGAUGAAACACAGCAUCAAGGGGCUGUACUGCUUCAUCGACGAGAUCCGGAACUGCAAGUGCCUGGAGGACGAGGAGAAAACGGUGUUGCAGGAAAUAAUUAAAAUAAAAAAAAAGUUCAAUGAAAAAAAUAUAAGUAAUUAUAAAAGAAAAAAAUACAUAUGGAAACUCAUAUAUUGUCACAUAUUGGGGUAUGGAAUUUCCUUGUCCUACCUGGACAUUAUAAAGUUAAUGAGUAGCACCAACUUCAGCGACAAGUACUGUGGGUACACAGCUCUCUCCCUGCUAGUGAAUGAAAAUAGUGAAAUGCUUCACAUGAUGAUUAGUACUAUCAAGUUAGACCUGAAGAGUAACGAUGAAAAGGUAAACUUCCUGGCCCUCCAUUUGGCUAGCCAAAAAAUUAAUGACCUCCUGAUUGAAAAUAUGUAUGAAGACAUACUUCACAUAGUGACCUCAAAUUAUAUUUACAAGCCUAACAUCAGGAAGAAGGCCUUCCUGUGUCUAGCAAAUAUUUAUAAAAAGAGACACGACCUAUUACUUAAGAGCAAAACGGAGUUUGAAAUAUUUAAAUUUCUCGAACAAAAUCUUAAUGAAGUAAAUAUGUUUAACGUUUUUGCUUAUCUCAAUUUGAUUUAUGUAAUCAUUUUGGUGUUUCAAAAGUAUGAGGCCAUGGAGGAAUACCGGAAGAAGCAGGACGGAAAGGAGAAAAAGAAAAAGAAGAAGAAGAAGAAAAAAACAAAAAAAUACGGGGAAGGGAAGGACCACCAUGGGGGGGUCGACGACGACGCGGAGGAGGAUGAUAGCGGCGGUGAGGAGGACGAAGACGACGACCAGGAGGAAGACGAAGAGGACAGCGGCGAUGAGGAGCAGGAGGAGGACGAGGAUGAAGAGGAUGAUGACGGGGGAGGAGGGAACCGAAGAGAGGAACACUCCAUCAAGCGGGAAGACCUCAAAGUAGACUCCAACAACGCUAGCAGCAUUGGUAACAAGAAAGUAAUCUCGUUGAAUAUAAAAGACGAGGUGAAGAGGAAAAGAUAUUACAAACACAACAGCUCCUCUCUUUCAAAUGAACAGAGUUUCCUUUAUAACGAUUUGAAGAAGGUAGACAAAAUCAUGGAAGUCGAUUCUGAAUGUAAUUUGAAUCUGGAAGAAAUAAAUUUUCCUGAAAUAAAAAAAUAUGUUAACAAAUAUAUUCACUUCAUCCUGAACAUGUUAUACCUCGUAUUAGAUGAAAAUUUAACAAUUGAUGAAGGGUUUUACUACAGCCACUUUAGGUACCCCUUCUUGUUAAUAAAGUGUUUACAAAUGCUUCAGCUAUACGACUUACAUGCCUUAUCGCAGAACACCAUUAACAAUAUAAACGAUAUUUUAUACAAGAUAGUUACCAAGCCGUUUAAGAAGUUGCAGGGAAAAAUUGGCUUCGAAACGGCGAAAAAUAAAAAUGGACGCUCUCACACACAUCACCUCUCCCAUGGCCACAGUGUUACGGGUAAUGCAGCAGCUGGUGUAGCGGAUGGAGGGGCGCCUGCUGACGGAGGUGGAGGCGGAAACGUCGACAGAAGAAACAUCUUUAGAAAAAGCUUCACAAAAAACAGCUUUUACAUGGGCACAAAAAAGACCAAGGAUGAUGUGAGAAAUGAAAAAAGCACCACGUACAUAGAAUAUGCAAUUAUUUACGAAUGCUGUAAUGUGUAUAAUUUCUUGUGUAAUAAAAUUGAAGACAGGAACAGAGACAUCAUUUUAUGCCUCAUCACAAAUUCAUUCGACUCGAAGAAGUCUAAUAUCAAUUAUGUUAUUCUUAACAGCUUAGCUAAAUUAAAAAUGAAUGUGAAAAUAUAUAGCAUGCUCGAGAAUCACAUCAUGCAUCUGAUCAACCUCCUCAACAACGAUGAUAUAACCAUUAAAUUACAAACAUUUAAUAUCUUAUUUAAUAUGUGUAAUAAUUCGAAUUGGAAGCUCCUCAUUAAUGUCUUUUUACACCACUUGCCCUAUAUUGACCCGUACAUACAAAAUGAGGUCAUUAUAAAAAUUUCCAUCCUGGCGGAAAACUGCUCACCAGAUUUGUCCUGGUAUAUUGACGUGAUAUUUAAAAUGAUUGAAAUUACAUAUAAGUCCAUUUUCCCUGAGGUGUGGUUUCGCUUAGUGCAAAUAGUUACUGGCUUCGUUGAAGGGGAUAAAGGGGGCAAGGCAGGAGAUAAUAAUAAUAAAAUCGGCAAGGUGGUAGACAAACAGGACAAAGGAGGAGACAAAAUGGAUAAAGGAGAUAGUCGUGAGAAGGGAGACUUAGGGGGUAAAACGCUCAAGUCUGCAAAGAAGGAUAGUGUUUCAUCUGAAAACAGUAAAGGGAAAGAGGAACACAAGGUACAGACCUACGCUGCUAUGAAGUGUUAUAAAUAUUUAUCGGAUCGAUAUACAAAAAUAGAGUUGCUGAUCCAUCUGUGCUCUUACAUUAUCGGCUCCUUUGGUCAUCUCAUUAAGGACAAAAUACCUAUGAGUAAUCAGUUGAAGGUAUUGGAAACGUAUUUUACUCUGGGGUCCUCUAACACCAAGUGUGUGAUUCUUAUGGCCAUCAUGAAGAUGGUGUUCUACGACAGCAAGCUCAUGGGACCGGUGAAGAAAAUUCUCACCAACUGUAUCAAUCACACGGACUUGGAACUUCAGACCAGAGCCUGUGAAUUCCUCAACCUUUGUAACUUGAACAACACGAGUGUGCUCAACCAUCUACUCAAGGGGAUGCCGCUUUACCAAACCAAGAAGGUCCACGAAAAUUUCCUCAUCAAGCGGCUGCUGGAGAAGAACAAGCACGCCGUGAUCGACUUCAACGAAAAGGAUAGCUCACUUACAUUUGACAAACAUCAGGAGAGAGGCAAGUCGGGUAGCAGACACGAGCAAAACUACAAGGACGAUAACAGUGCCAGUGACUACAGCCAUAAUAAGGGCUCUUCUUCCACCUCCUCUGAUGGAAGUUAUAACGUUAAAGUGAGAAGGAAGCAGAGCAACGGGUCAGUAGCAUCAUCUGGAAAUUCAAAAAAAUCGUCUUCCACCUUUUCCACACACAAAACAAAAAACUCAAGUGAGGAGCAUACAGAUGAUAAUGCGAAGCUCUUUAAGUCACUCGCCUUGCAGAAGGCAAACAACAUUAACGACCUGUGGUUCAAUGCCUGCCUCCUAGACAAGUCCCUCUUUUUUAAGAACACCGUUUUAUCUAUUCUAAUAAAACAAAAGUACCAGGAGAACAAGGCCAUGCUCACCUUUUACGUGAAAAAUAUAUCCAAGGCAAUGGUGAACCUAGCGAGCAUCCGCAUUGAGGAUUGCGAGCAUAUGAACAUAAAGGAAGCCAAAAUUGUGAUGAACGAGAAAAUAGACCCGGAUGGGGUAUACGUGUAUAAAAUUAUAAUUACUAUUUCAGAUAUUUUUUACAACAUCCCCAGUAUAUACUUCAACGUCAUGACCCCGAACUCGACGAACGCGAGUGUGUCGUCCAAGCUGCCCAUCCUCAUCACGCGCUUCAUCAAGGAAAAUAAAAUGAACGAGUCGACCUUCAAGAUUUACUGGAAGGCCCUCACGCAGGUGCACAACGAGGACAUCGUAAUGGGCGUCCCCAAAUUUUCCAAAAAAUAUUUUUUCAACUAUCUGAUCAACGCGUUUAACUUUUACAUUUUGAAGAUCGGCUCGCUUAUUUGCGCCUCCGGCUACAUACACUUUCCCGUAUCGGACAGCGAAAACAAAAUUUUAAUUCUCGUGAAGAUUCGGCACGACAUGAAAGGGUGCCAAAUCUCAGUCGUGUCCAGCAUCAAGCACUUGAACAACUACCUGAACAAAAUAUUUGAAAUUUAUCUUAUGAAGAACAAAUAG